AUGGACGGCGCAGAGCUUGAUCACUUGACCGCUAAACUUCUGGCGCAGUGGGAAUGGAGAUCCGACACCAGACAUUUCGGAGCGCAAAGCGUCUCCACCAGACGCACAUGUUCGUCACCUGAACCCUCUGCCUCUCCAUGCUCCACCUGUUCAUCCUCCUCAUCCUUCCCAGAUGCUCCAGGGGAAAUGUUCUCGGAUUAUUCCUACGACGGAAGGAAAGCAGCGCAGACGAAAACCUCCAGACCCAAAAUGUCAACGAAAAGGCGCAUGAAAGCGAGCGAGAGAGAGAAGAUGCGCAUGAGGAGUUUAGCUGAAGCUUUGCAUCAGCUGCGAGAUUAUCUGCCUCCAGUUUACAGCCGCAGAGGACAACCUCUGACCAAGAUCCAGACUCUCAAAUACACCAUCGAGUACAUAAAGGAGCUGUCGGAAAUCCUCAGCCAAGAAUGAACCGACUCCGACACCGACACCGACUCGACACCGAGAAGUUCAUGGACUAUUGUCAUAAUCCUCAAUCAACUUGAGUUUUUGGAUGGAUAAACAGGUCCUUUGUACAGAAAUGUGCCAUAAUCCUGAUGUAAAUACUUGUCGGCACUUUCCCCUGUUUUCAUGUUCCCUCUUAUUUCCUUCCUUCCCAUGUUUUUUUUUUUUUUUUUUUUUUUUAGCUCUAUUCAUAUUCAUGUCUUUAAUCAAAUAUUUC